CCUGACAAGGAAGGACGCGAUGUCGGACGACGCGACAUACACACAACUAUGAAACUACCAGCUCUACGGAGUCAGUGAUAGAUGGCCCUAGUGUCACACGCGAGCAAAUCGCCUGUUUGUGUCUUCAUGCAGCUAAACGGAACACCUGAAUGAGUCAGUAUCUCAGGCGAGGGGAGUGAAGAUCACAGAGUUCCAGCCCAGAAGCAACCCAGGUGGGGGAUUCCAGAGAAUCGUACCCAAUCAGCCAUUGUCUUUGUCAUUUGGAUGAAAUGAUUUCCCUCUUGCCGCUACACGGACCGGGUACCAUGCCCGUUCAUGGUCUUGGAAACUCAUCUAAGGAUAUGGCCACGACAGCACGAAGGUCCAGACACAUCGGCUCUGUAGACAACUGGCAGAGUGGAAAGACAGUUGUGGAGUGUAACAUGCACAUGCUUACGUCAGGUGUGUCAUGUGACGUCACCUUCCUUGUAGGCCACGAUGGUCAGAGUGUCAGCGCCCAUCGAUUUGUCCUCAUCAGUCGCAGCUGUGUGUUCGCCGCCAUUUUGUCCGAGAUCAACCGUGUUGACACCGACAUGGCCAUCCCUGACAUUGAAGCGGAUGAUUUCCACACCUUCCUCGUAUACCUGUAUACAAAUGAGGCCGAGAUCGACCCCAAGAAUGCAACAUCAUUGUUGUAUGCAGCCCGGAAGUAUGGUGUCGGUGGCCUCGAGGACGAGUGCGUGGACUAUCUCAAGGAACAUCUCACUCCUCUGAACGCUUGUAUGAUUCUUGAAGCAGCAUUCCAAUCCAACCAAAUGAAGUUGUACAGCAAGGCACUGAAGAUGAUCCAUAGAAACGGCGAGGAGUGCCUAAAGACGCCGAGUUUCCUUGUUCUUAGUCACACCUGUGUUGACCAGAUUGUACGCCCUGAUGAUUUGGUAGCUGAGGAGACUGAUGUGUUUGAAGCUGUUGAUAAGUGGGCGGAAGCUGAAUGUAAACGUCAGGAGUUUGAGAGCACACCAAGAAAUAAGAGACAGAUUCUUGGUGAUGUUCUCAUGUGUGUUAGAUUUCCACUAAUGGAAUCAAAAUACUUUGUCGACACUGUUGGAGCAAGUGGAUUACUUGCUGAUGAUGAGAGAUUGAAAAUAUUUGUUCAUAAUUUAUUUCCGGACAAGGAUAUAAAACCGUUUAACAAAGACGAAAGAAAAGGGCAACGUGGAAGUUCAAAAAGGAGCAAUAAGACCAAUGGUAGUAUGAGUUAUAGGGAGAUGAGUUCUAGAGAACACCGAACACUUCCUAAGAUAAAUCAUCCAAGACUUGGGAGCAGGACACACCGGGGGUUUGCUGGGAAGAGUCGCGAAGAAGAAAGGAACGAUUUUGAUGAUAACAGUGAGACGGAAGACAGGCAUGGAGGAAGCUUAAAGGAGCAUAGAAGAAGUAAAAAGGAGCAUCACAGAGAAGGUCGUCGGAAGAAAGGGAAGAGGAAGGUAUGCAACAGGACGGAAAAUAGAUUCAGGGUUCAAUCAUUCGGGAGAAACUGUCGUGGUCGAGAAUGGGAACCUUUGAAAUUCCGAUGUCGUGAGGAAAUUGAGUUUUGCGGCUUUCUCAUGUUUGGGCCUUGUGAUGAUGAUGUCGCAACCUAUGACGUAGAGGCUCACCUUACAGACGAGUUCAACGUUGAGAUCGCUGGUUCCAAUAUUGCGUCCUCCUACAAGGCCAAAAAGGAAGAUGUGAUAUUUGAAGUAAUGUUCCCCUCACCGAUCCAUCUCGCGUCCCGAAAGUGGUAUACGCUCAAUAUCUUGAUCCGUGGCCCGCCAUCCAUGUACGGUUCCGAUGCCAAAGAGCGCAUGAUCUCUCAUGGCGUUACGUUCGAAUUUCAGCAGGUGGAAUCACGUGCAAACAGAAAUGACCAAUGCCAGGUUCCAUACCUCUUGUUUACAAAAGUGUGAGGAGAGUCUGAAAAACUGACUUAUGUAAAUUUUAUAUUUUAUAUGUCACAUUAAAAUCCGAUCGUAUUACUCGCUACCGCCCACACAGAUCUGAGGACAUCGCAUUAAAGGUCACGUCAGAACGGCUAUUCAUCCGACCAAUCAGAGCGUCGCUUAAUAGAUUGGGAAAUUAAAAAUCUGAAUGUGUUUUCUCCUCAUGUUACCACGAAAAGGUUGACCCGAGGCAUUCUGAACAACAGUAGGAUAGUGAGAAUAAGGUUUGACUUUAAUGAAAUACGUUUUUAGAAUUGGUAAGUGUGGUUAACCUUCUACAGCCAGAGGAAAGACAGGUGGCCAAGUCGUCCCAUAGACGUGCCCGAAAUGCCAGAUUCGUCCUGAUUAUGUUUCUAGGUUUGUCACCACCAUACCCGUGCUCGUUGAGGAUAUGCCUCGAUCUGUGUAGUGACGUCUCCGGGUUUAGAUGCAAGGCAUUAGUCUUAGGUAGAACAGAGUGGAACAUCUGUCAGUCAGGACACCGACAGUCCAGCAAGCCUUCAUUUCAACGUUGGACAUCACGUAUACUAAUCUGGACGAUAGCACUGUGUAAGUACGAAACCCAACCGUAUCUCGAUUUUGGUCCUAGAUAUAUCACCACAAAUCCCGUGCUCCUGCUUCCGACCAAGGUGGUACACGUCAAAGAGCUGAUAUGCCAUGAUAAAGUGAGAGGUUGUUCAUAGCGGCAUACAAUACAAUCCACUCACUCGUUGUGAACGAUACCGUCUGGACUGUCAGCGGAUACUAUGAGAUACCACACACAUGCAAAAAUAUUUCUUGUGUAUAUGUUUAGAUUAUUUAUAACUGUUAUGGCUUAAAUUGUGAACAGACUGUCACGUGUUUCAUUGUGUCAAUACUGUAAAUGUUUAGAUUGUGUCCAGAUUGUCACAUGUAUCAAUUGUAAACGUUUAGAAUGUGCAAAAACUGUCAUGUAUAUAGUUGCAUCAAGACUGUAGAUGUUUAGAUUAUAUACAGACCCCGCCACGUGAGUCGAUUGUAUCUAGACGGGUGAUAUCUUUUACAGGAAAUGAAUACUGAGACUCUGUGAUACCAUUGAUGUACAACAUUGUACGACAUACUCGCUGUGAUACCUUUGAUGUACACCAUUGUACGACAUACUCGCUGUGAUACCAUUGAUGUACACCAUUGUACGACAUACUCGCUGUGAUGCCUUUGAUGUUCAACAUUGUACGACAUACUCGCUGUGAUACCAUUGAUGUACACCAUUGUACGACAUACUCGCUGUGAUACCAUUGAUGGUCAACAUUGUACGACAUACUCGCUGUGAUACCAUUGAUGUACACCAUUGUACGACAUACUCGCUGUGAUGCCAUUGAUGUUCAACAUUGUACGAAAUACUCGCUGUGAUACCAUUGAUGUACGACAUUAAAUGACAUGCUCGCUGUGAUACUAGCGUUUAACGACAUUGUUCUUUAGUGUUCGAUAUACCAUAUGAGUCGAUGCACCUGUUGUGUCAACGGUAUUACAUGUAAUGGGACCACAUGCAUAAAAUGGAACUUGUUCUCCUAUUCUCCUUUUUAUUUUAUUUUUUUGUCAGAUAAGCACGGCUAACGAAAUAAGCGAAUAUCCUGAUUCUUAUUUUAUUGUAUUAUUAUAUUAUGUAUCAUGUAUUAUAAGCCAAAAGCUCCAAAGAAUUUUGAUUUUCAAGUUCACCUUCUUGAGAGAAACAAGUUUUGCAAGUAAAUAUUAAACAUUAGUUUAAUAUAUCGACUAUAUUGAGACAAUUUCUAGAGGCCAUUUACUAGAUGACUUCAUUGCCAAAGUUGUUUGUGACCAACAUGAAAAUGCCGUUUAGCUUAUAAAAAGAUUUAUCCAAAUUACCUUUGCGAUACAGGGUUCAUGUGUAACGUCAUUAGAAAGGACCCAACCCUUUAGGGGGUCGAACAAUAUGUUCCAACAAGUAUACACAGUUCAUUUCCACAAAUCACAAUUCUUGAUAAGGUGUGACGAUGAAUCAAUUAUUAAUCGAGUCUUCACCAGACAAUACAGUAAUUGGUAUUAUGAGCAACGAUCCACGUUGUCGUACAUUGACACGCCAUCGUCCCUGAGCCUUCCCACCUGAUCCCAAAUGAAUCUUUGCACACAUGUUUACAAGGUAUUAAAGUAUUGUCUUUAUUACCAACAGUUUUGUUUCGUCCUCCGUAAUAGGGUAUGCGAUUAUUUAAUGCCGCAUACUCCGUACUUCCGUGCUUUCUAGUAAUUCUAUAUAUUUCAAAGCACACGUUGCAACAUCGGAAAAUUACAUGCUUCGAUAAUUCUACCUCAGUGGGUAAUAUUAGUUGUAGUGUCUGUUUGUCCUUUGUACCACUACUGGAAAUAAAAUUGAUGGAAAUGUAUAUAUUAAUAGGUUUGUUGCAAAGUCGGUCAGGAAAGAUGCAUACUAUUAACAUACAUACAUGCACACAUAGUCACACCGACAUUUUAGGACAUUUGGUUCUUGUGUGACAUAAACUUCAGGAAGUACGUAUAUGCAUAUGUAUCUGUCAAUCUAAUAAACAUCUGAGACCUGCAUCCCUUCGGACUCCUCCCA